AUGGGGUUCGUGGACUUCGCAAUCGACCUGGCAGCGGUGCUGAAUGCGUCCCGCUCAGUCGCAUCCAAGCACAUCGCCCUCAGGGCUCGCCAGGUCGAUCGCUAUGGGAAGACUUCAAGCAUAGUCGCCGCCGUGAGGGGCCAGCAGCGGAUACGGCCUCACGAUGGGUCUAGGGUCACUCCUUCAAGCACUGGUGGAAACCAGACCUCAACCCCAGUGUCAGAGGUUUCCAAAGAGACUACUCAGCCCUUGGAUGCGGACGACGACAGAGGAAUGCCGGUCGAGAACUCGUCAAAUAACAGCAUACUAUCGGGUGAUGUGUCAGACUCGACAACGACACAGCAAGAUCCACUCACUACAUUGUUUCCCGGGAGCCAGUACUCCGGACGUCCAGAAGCGCAGCAAGCCCAGGCCGACUCUUCAGGAUCUAACACACCGCCGGUGCAGUCACCUGUGAAAACCCUAAAAGUCGAUGGGAUUGCUUCGGAGGAUACUCAGCAAGGGCUGGGAAAGAACCCAUCUGCACAGGCCGAAGAACCCAAGCUACCCGAGGGCGUGAAUUUUGAUGGACUGUUCCGAACCAGCCGCGGGAAAAGGCUCGAUCCUCUCUGGAAAGGCACCAAGAGAGAUGAGCGGCCCAGGCAGCCUAUACCUGGUGCUGUGGAUUUCGGACACAGGUCUGGCAACCAGGGGUCAGCCAUUCUCCAAGAAUUGAGGAACCGAAAGAAUGAGGCCGAAACGACCUCGUCGCAAGAAGCGGGAGAGUCACAACCGGAGGCCUCGGCAACGCCAACCCAGCCUGCUGAGGUCGUCCUGCCAGUGGACACCGUUGAGACGCAAGAGCCCAAGGUCGAGGCGAACGCUGCGGCGGCGGUAUCAGAAAGUCAACAUGCGCCUCAAACGAGUGUCCCAGGCGCCGAAUCGUCAACUCUUCAGGAGCAGGGCAUUAAUCAGUCCAGCCAGCGGGUGACUAAAGAGGACGCUUCAGCCAUGGGAGAGCUGCUCGGUACCGCCACAACCGAGUCAAAAUACGAACUCAGGGAAUCCAAGGUUCCCUCGUCUCGGUUCGGACGUAUCUGGAACUACAGCGGGCUGGCCGCUGGCAUGUUCGCCGGAGCUGUCAGCGAGAGCUUCAGCAGGGUCACCGGAGGCGGCGGGCAAGGUUCCCUGAUGUUGAGCCCGGCGAACAUGGAAAGGUUGGUCUCUAAGCUGUCGAAGAUGAGGGGCGCAGCUCUCAAGCUGGGCCAGAUGAUGAGUUUUCAGGACUCGAAGAUGCUGCCAGCCCCCAUCCAGGAGGUUCUGCAGAGGGUGCAGGACAGAGCAGACUACAUGCCGUCGUGGCAAAGGGACCGAGUUUUGGUGUCGAACCUUGGCUCCGAGUGGCGUGACCUGUUCGACGAAUUCGAGGAGAAGCCCAUUGCAGCCGCAUCUAUCGGACAGGUCCACCGUGCGACACUGAAGAAUGGUGCCAAAGUCGCCGUCAAGAUCCAGUUCCCAGGAGUCGCCGAGUCCAUCAACUCAGACCUCGACAACCUGGGAAUCCUACUAGCAGCUACGAAGUUGCUGCCCAAGGGCCUCUACCUCAACAAGACCAUCGACAACGCGCGGACAGAGCUCGGCUGGGAGUGCGACUACGAGAGAGAGGCCAAGUGCGCAGAGAGAUACAGAAGCCUGCUGGCCACCGAGGACGACGUCUUCUCCGUCCCCAAGAUCUACCACGAGGCCAGCGGGAGACAGGUCCUGACCAUGGAGUUCAUGGAGGGCGUGGGCGUGACCAGGGUCAAGUCCUUUACGCAGGAGCAGAGGGACUGGAUCGGCACGCAGAUCCUGCGCCUGUGCCUGCGGGAGAUCACCGAGUUCCGCUUCAUGCAGACGGACCCGAACUGGACCAACUUCCUCUACGACGCCGGGCGGGACAGGCUCGUCCUGCUCGACUUUGGCGCGUCGAGGGAGUACCCGGACAGGUUCAUCGCGCAGUACGUGCGGCUCCUCGCGGCCGCGUCGCGGACGGACCGCGAGGGCGUGCGCGCCCUGAGCGAGCAGCUGGGGUACCUGACCGGCCACGAGAGCAGGACGAUGCUGGACGCGCACAUCGCCUCGGUGCUGACGCUGGCCGAGCCGUUCCUCGAGUCCGCGCCCGAGGUCUACGACUUCAGGGACCAGACGAUCACGGAGAGGGUCAAGGAGCAGAUACCCGUCAUGGUCAGGGAGAGGCUGGCGCCGCCGCCGGAGGAGACGUACAGCCUGCACCGGAAGCUGAGCGGAGCGUUCUUGCUCUGCGCCAGGCUGGGCAGUAGGGUACGGUGCAGGGAGAUGUUCGAGCAGAGCCUGGCUAAAUCGGGUUUGCAAGAGAAGCAGGUGUGA